CACUCUGGGACUUUUGACUUUCCCACCUCAUCCAUCUUGACCGACCGAACUCUUGAAUCACACCCGAACUAUGGCAGAUGUUUUGAAUCCGGAUAACGUCCUGGAGCUUGCCGCGAACGCACUCCGCCAGGAUGGAGACGCGUCGUCCAGCAUCAAGACGCCCUACGAGGCUGUUGCGCUGAUCGGCCAUGCCUGUAUGGCAGCCGUGGGCUUUCGACUGGUCGGGCUCGGAGAAGACCACAAUAUCGAUGGCCCGUCCGACAGUGCCCGCCUACCGGCCGAAUGGAACGCGAACAGCGCCUUCGAAUUCCGCUACGCUCACUCCCAGUCCUCGAUGCAAUACCUCCUCAAAGUCAGCCGACUGGGCAGUAAAGCGGUGGUGCUCGCGCUGGCCUUGGGCGACGACAAAACCACCUCGUUUGAUCUUCCUGUGCAAGACUACAUCUCCGCCUCCGCCCUCCCCCUGUCCUCGACCGCAGAUCUCCCUUCCGCCCUCCAGGAUACGUUCAUAUCGCCUCCACGUGUCCAAGACCUGAUCAACCUGUUCAAGAUCAAUGUCAUCCAGAAACUGGCCCCGGGGCUGUACAAGGAAGGAUACGAGGAGACCCGUCAGCUGCGGGAGGUGCAACAGGAGCGACCGCCACGACACGAUCCGCUACGAGACGACUCCCUCCCCCAACCUGCUCGCCCCUAUCCGUUCGACGACCCUCUCGCAGCGCGUCCGGGUCGACCGGUCCCGGCAGGCGACUUUCCUCCACCAGGAUUCGAGGAUGAGUUCGAAAUUCAGAGACCGCCUCGAGGGUAUCCCGGGAUGGGAGGUCGGAACCCGUUGAGUAUCGGCGAUCGAGAUCUAUAUCCGACGGGUCUGGGACCUCAUGAUCCGAUCUAUGGGGGCAUUGGACCUGGGCUGGGGGGCGGCGGUGGCGGAGGUGGGAUGCAUCCGACCUUCGAUGAUCCCCUCUUUGGAGGACGUGGGGGAGGUGGAGGGAGGGGCGGAUACGAUCCUCAGGCUCCGCCGGGAGCCCGAUAUGAUCCUGUUGGACCUGGGGAUGGAGCACCAUUUGGACAGGGGCGGGGAUCCUUUGGCGGACGCGGAGGCUUUGGCGGAGGCUUUGGCGGAGGCUUCGGCGGAUUUGGCGGUGACAUCAUCUAGCCCAAUGGAUGCAGGAUGACUUAAUGACCAAAAUGCCACGACUGAAUUGGGAUAUGGGAACUUGUAUUUAAUGUGACUCUGAUUGAUGAUUGAUGGACUAUUUAAUAGCAUUUGAUUGAUU